AUGUACAGGGAAACCUCAAAUAGCUACUUCACGCUUAAGAGAAUGAACCCAACCUCUGCUGCCCCAGAUAAGUUUUCGCAUGCUAAAAGUAUCAUAUUGCAUGAUCUGCUUGGAAAAUCGAUUGCUGGCGAUAUCCGAGAUGAACUGACUGAAAUCAUAAAAAACUGCUCUGAAACUCUACCAGUCCCUGUUCGUAUCCCAUUUAUUGGUAACAGCCUUGCAAUAUCCCCAAUUGAUGGCAAUUUUGUAUUUGGCAGCAAAACAUCUCGAAUAGCUAUAUGCUCCAAAACAGAAAUAAUAAAAGACAAACGACUUUCUAACUCUGACAACGAAGGAAUUACUUCAAUUAUCCUUCAAAAAAAUGGGAAAUAUAUAUUCACAGCAUGCAAAGGAGGAAUGAUUCAGAAAUUUUUAUACGCAAAUCUGGAACUUAUAGGAACUUUAUAUGGGCAUGAUAAACAGGUUAAUGAUAUCAAGCUUAUACCUGAUGAAAAAUACUUGAUUUCUGGAAGUCAAGACUGCACAGUUAGAUCAUGAGAACUUUUUACUAAAGAAAAAAUAUUCUCCAUAGUCAAACAAAAAUUUUUUUUAAUAAAAACAAUAUUUUGAUGUAAAGCGACAAUUAGUAUAAUGAAAUAUGUAGCUAAUUUUGUUAUUUUAAAUAGAUCGCUUUUUAAACAUAAAUUCUACAAAUUAGAUUAAUUUAUUCCAAUUUUUGAAUUGGAAAAUUUUUAAAUUUCGAAAAUAAAUUGACUAUCAAUUGUAAAAAAUAUAAUCUCUUCGUGAGAAAACAAAUUUUUUUGCUCGCCCAUGAAGGGGCGAAGUAAAGAAAAUCAGUUCAAGGUAGAGUUUUAUUUACAUCUCCAGGAAUAAUAAUGACACUUGAUAUAAGCCCGAGCGGAGAAUAUAUUGCAGCAGGCGAUAGGUCGUUUCAAAUAACAAUAUUUUCAAUUAUAAAUAACAGCCAGUCUGCAAUAAUAAAAUCGACAUCUGAAAUUGGCUGUGUGAAAUUCUCCCCUUCAAUGAGGUGGCUUGCCGUUGGAGAUUUUGAAUCCAAUAUCACUUUAUACAGAUUUGGCAGCUGGGAUCCUGAAAGGACAUUUACAGGGCAUAGUGAUAAAAUCAGAGACUUAUUGUUUACCUUUGAAGAAGAAGUUUUGAUAUCUGGCUCAAAAGACAGCACAAUUAGAGUGUGAAGCUUAAAUUCUUACCGUAAUGAAAUAGUACUCAGUGGGCACGAUAAAUCUGUUAGAUCCCUUGUCUUAAGCAAGGAUCAACAAUUUAUCCACUCUUUAGGAAAAGAUACCAAUAUUUUGACUUGGAAAAUACCAGAAUUUGACGACAAUGCUAAAUGUCGAGCCCACACCCAGACUAUUUGAAAGCUGCUUAUUUCUAAAAAAAAUCAAAUAUUUUCUAAUUCAGAUGAUGGAAGAGUUAUUAUAUGAGACGCAAACACAGGGCUAAAAAUCCAAGAACUUGACCAUUUUGAUGGACUUUUUGCAAUGGCUUUAACUUAUGAUGAGUCCCAAUUAAUUUCUUGCACUGAUGGAGGGCUCAUGAUUUUUUGGAAUCUGACUACUUAUCAAAGAGAUAAAGAAAUUGUGACAGAAGGAGUAGUGAAAACGCUAUUAGCUGUCCCUGAUACAAAUAUUUUAGUGACUGGAGAUAGUGAUUUUAGAGUUGUGGUGUGAAAUUUGAUGGAUAAUUCUAAACUUCAAACGUUCCGAGCCCAUAAAAGUGAAGUUUGGUCAUUAGCUUAUUAUGAUCCUUAUAAAAUGCUAUUUUCUGGAGAUGACUCAGGGACAAUCAUUGUGCAUGAUAUAAACUCAAAUAUUUUUCUGCAUGAAAUGAUCGGGCACACGGAUCGAAUACAAGCACUCGAAAUUUCUAGAGAUGGCGAAAAUUUGAUAUCUGGGUGUAGAGAUCAUUCAAUUAGAAUAUGAAGUGUCAAUAAAAAUAAUUGCUUACAUAUUAUCAAUUUUCAUACAGAUGUAGUGCGGCAUAUUCAUUGUACACAGAAUGGCUUAUAUUUUAUGGCUUGUUCUGAAGACCAUUUAAUAUCAUUAUGGGAUAUGAAAAACUACUCAAUGAUCUCCACUUUUAAACUGAAAGAAGGAAUUAUUGGAAUGGCUGUUUCUCCUGACGAAUCAUAUAUAGUUGCAUCUGAAAACUGUGAUUUUACCAUAAUGCCAAAUCCUCUGACUGUGAAUUAUUUUUCAGUAUAUGGUCCUAGUGGAGAAAAAUAUAAAUUCAUGAAAUAUAUUUCAAAAAUCAUGCUAGCAGAGUACGUUGAGCAUGAUCCAGAAAUGGACAAGUGAAUUAUCAUGCCAUAUUUUCUAAAUACUCUACAUUUAUAUUCAUAUUUUAACAUGUCUGAGCACUUGAGAUUAGCUGUUGCAAAGAACGGACCAUUUUACCCAUCAAGAAAUGGCCCAACUCCUCUGUCAAUUGCAAUUGAAAAGAAUUUCUUUGAGUGUAUAUCAGCAAUUUUUAAAGUCAUUGAUAAAAUGGCUAUAAACAAUAUGUUUUGUUUCUACUAUUUAGAAAGGUCACUUAUAGAUUUAAAUUAUAAAGGAUUUACAGGACUAGACAAAUUUUACAGAAUCGCACUUAAAAGGUGUACAAAUGCCCACUUACCGAAAUUCUGUAAUGAAUCAGUCAAGCUUCCAAUUACAGUAUAUUCUGACUUUAUUAAUCCGAAAGCAGAAAAUUUCAUGUCGAUGGACAAUUAUACUAAAGAAGGAAAAGCAAUUAUGUUCCUUCAAACCUUGGUGAAAUUCAAUUUAACAAUUGGGUCAAGAGACAGUUUGAAAUUUUUGGACAGCCUAAGGUUGUGUUCUGACAUAGAUAGUUUUGAAACUCCAUUAAUCCAGCACAUUUUAAACGAAAAAUGGAUUAGAGUAAGCUGAGUUCAAGACAUAGAAGGUGGCUUCUACUGUGUCUACCUUGUCUUGCUAGCAAUCUAUACUAUUAGGUAUCCAGGCAAUAAAGAUGCAUUUUAUCCACCAUUCAUCAUAAAUUCAAUCCAAGCAGCUUAUGGAGUUUACUUGAUAGCAGUUGCAGGAAAAUAUUACUGGACAAUCUUUUGAAACUACCUUGAUAUCAUUCGAAUUUUAAUGACAAUCACUUAUGCAGUUUUAUUAUGAAAUGAUUUUGAGUAUGGAAUGAAUGAAUUUCUUGGGAUUUUAACCUUUGUUUCUUGGGCAAGGGGGACUACAUUUUUUAGGAUUUUUUCUAGAACCCGAUAUUUAAUCAAUCUAAUUCGUGAAGUUUUUCAAGAUAUUUUUUUCUUUUUGGUAAUUUUAUUUUACUCCACAAUCGCGUUUUCACUGAUAUCAUAUGUUUUGUACAGCGUUCCAGUGAAUGAUGAUACUUAUUAUUUUCAUAGUCUGACACUUGCAUAUGAAGCAAACAUCGGAGACUAUGAUACUUCGGAUUAUGGGAAAUAUUAUUGGUUAUAUUUCUUCGCCUAUACAAUUAUUAAUCCAUUGAUUAUGCUUAAUUUGAUUAUUAACCUUAUGGGAAACACUUUUGAUAAAGUCCAAGAAGGCAAAGUAAUAGCUGAUAGCUUAGAACUCAUAGAAAUGCUAAUCGAAGGAGAAACUUUAUUAAUAUGACGACGAAAUUAUGGCACCAAGCAUUAUAUUCAAAUUUGUAUAGAGAGAGUUAGAUUAGAGGGGAUUAACAGGGAUUAUUUCAGCCCCUAGCCAGUCGAGCUUCAGCUUCACGUUUCAUGUGGCGCUAAUCACUAAAGCCACCUAACGCCCUUUUCUGUCGACGUCAUCAAAAAUGGUGACGUCGACAUCUUUCAAGGAGAUUCACCCGAACCUGCUGGACCAAAAAUUUCGUCAGUGGACUCUCUUAACCCCUGGUAGUGCUCAGGGUACGAGGGAAUCGUCUACAGCCUCCUUCUGGAACUACCUCCGCCAUUUACAGGAGAGCAAAAUGCUCCUCCAGAAGUGCCUGCUUGGUAUUGCGCCGUCGGUCUUUCGUCUGUGGGUCGAGGGAGGCCCGGUCAGCCCAAGCCCACACCCCACACCCCACCCCGCAAAAUCUGCCAUCGCCCUUCGGGGCCACCGUUUUUUUAUUUUCGGUGACCCAGAAUUCUGAUUUUUUCUUUUCCUCUGUUGCCCCAAAUGCCCGGUAAUGGUUUCCGGCCAUGAUGGCCUAUUUUGUCAAUUUGUAUAGAAGAGAAAGAUUUAGGAGUAAAAAGAAGCCCAGCUCUAAAGAAAAUUGGAGCCAUGAAAAAGCAAUUGAUUAAUAUACAGCAAUAUAUUGACAAAUGUAAUGAUGAAGAAAACCAAAAACUGACCGAAAUUUUUGAUACAUUAAAAAGAGGUUAA